AUGUCGCUAACAUUUCUCCCGGGGAAACCCAAUGACACGGUCACCUCGGUAUGUCAAAGGUUGUGGCUGGAUCAGACUCUACUAGCAUAUUGCUCUGGUAAUAACUUGAUCAUCAUGUCCAAUGAAUUGACAAAAUUGCAAACAUUGUACUUAGAUGAAGAUUGUGUCUCAGUGGACAUCAAUGCUACGAAUGGUUUCAUAGCUGUAGGCUUUGGGAAUAAGACUAAAAUAUACAAACCAAUGUACCAAGUGAUGAAGAAUCCUAAGUGGGUGAAUUGUUGCGAAGUAUUUCACGAUGAAUCUAAGGUGAACUGUGUUAAAUGGGGUAAUGCCAAUGAACUAGUCAUCGGAUCAAAAUAUCUAUCGCUCUGGAAUAUUAAAGAUGAAUUUGGAGACUACAGACCAGUACUUUUGUGGACUAAGUUGCAGCCUAAACCAGUUUAUUGUUGCGAUAUCUCUCAGGAUUCUCAGCUAAUUGCGAGCUAUGGGAAAUAUGAGAAGACGGUAAAGUUAUGGAAAAGAGUUUCAAUUAGUGGUGAGGAGAAUGUGUUUAAUGUCACCUUGUUGAAACAUGAUGCACCCAUAACCGCUCUAAAAUGGAAAAGGAACUCAAUAGACGAUGAUAUAAACAGAGCCUCUCAAGUGCUCUUUACUCUUUGUGAGGAUAGACAACUACGUGUAUGGUUUUGCUAUAAACUCGACAGUUGCCAUACAGUGGAUUUGUGGGGAUCUUUAACACUAAGUCAUAGACAAAGAUAUUGCCUAAUAAUAGAUAACUGGCUGCUAAGUUACUGUAGUAAAAAUAGCAAACUGCGAUCUAUUGAUCGUAACACAAUAGUUAACUCAGACGUCGUUCUACUAGCGGACAGUGAAGGUAACGUUGAGAUCCAUGCUCUUGAUCAUUUAUCAAAUGAUCCACCGAGAAUUAUGAAGAAAAGAUUACUGCAUAAUAAGAGAUUACAUAAAGACUCCUUUGUUGCGAAACCUGACAUACUUUACUUCAGCGAGGUGCAACCUUUCACAUCAAAGGACAAUAUCCUUUCGAUUGUUAUACAUGAUUUAAAAGGUGUGAUAAGACAUUCAACAAUAUCCUUAGCAGAAUUAUUAGAUAAUGAUAAAGAGGUAAUUGGAACUUUGGAACAUAAAUUCACUGGGCAUAACAAGUCCAUCCAAAAGCUAAUCAGAAGUAGUGAUGGUGAAGCACUGUUGACAACAACUAGAUUUUCAGAGAAUUGUGUGUGGACUCCACAAUACUUGGGUCACGGUAUAACAUUGAGAAUGAAAAAUAUUAUUUGUACAGAAAGUCCCAUCGAAACAGCUGUCGUGCAUGAAAAAGGAAAAUUGGUUAUUGCGCUCCUACAGAACAAUAAACUACAAGCAUGGAGGUGUCCCAAUUACGAUUCGAAGAUGUCUGAUACCAAGCUCAGUACUCUAGAAGCAGAGUUAACGUUGCAAAAAGAUAAAACCGUUAAGCCCAUUUUGAUGUUAAAUACUCCUGAAGAAAAACAUAAUCAUGAUAGGCACUUUAUUGCAAUAUUUUAUGAUGACGGUAGUAUCAAUGCAUUUGAAGUGUCUGAAAGGAGAGGUAUUUCCGAGAUCAGAUCUCAAAAUUUGGCCUUGGAUGGAAGAGAAAUACACCAACUUUCCACGAUCGAUCCUGUACAUCGUACAUUCAAUGCUAACAGACCUCUCUUAGCAGUAUGUACAACAGGAGGAACUGUAAUAACAUUUAGGGCGAAAAUAGAUUACGAGAAGCUGGAACUCUCUUGGAUACAGGCACAUGAAAUAAAUACAGGAGGUCAAAAAUUAAGACUAGUUAGGGGAUCAUCGACAGGUAAAAUGUGUAUAGUCGAUCAAUCUGAAAAGAUUAUGUCCUUAUGGGACAUGAGAAGAGGCGUAUUAGAGUAUGAGGAGCAUUUUGAAGAGCCAAUAUUGGAUAUUGACUGGACAAACACUGUACAUCACCAAAGCGUAGUAUCUAUUGGUUUCGAGAGCCAUGUCAUUCUCUAUACCCAGCUAAGAUAUGACUAUACUAACAAAACACCAAGCUAUUUACCAAUAGAGGAUAUAAAUGUGAUCUCUCACACGGCCCAUAAGAUUGGUGAUUCUAUCUGGAUGAAGGACGGUAUAUUUGUGGUGGCUUCAGGAAAUCAAUUUUAUGUCAAGGAUAAGACUCUAGAUACUAAUGACCCUUUCACGCAUGCCUCUAUUGGUUCUAGAAUGAUAUUUUCAAAUGAUUUGUUCCACUUAAGCAGUGUAUUGAAUGGUCCUUUACCAGUAUAUCACCCGCAAUUUUUAAUCCAAGCAUUGUAUGCUAAUAAACUUGAGCUAGUGAAAGAACUAUUAUUAAGGCUUUUUUUAGAGCUACGCAAAUUGCAACUGAACGCUAAAAAUAUUAUCGAUUUAGAUUCAACACUCAACAUUGAACCUUAUAAGUUUUUGUACCGUUUGAACAAAGACUAUCCCAAAGAAAUUUUUCCGGCACCAUAUCAAGAGUUUAAUGAGCAAGUUGCGGGGCAACUAAGUGAACAACUAACCAAGAUUGCAUUACCAUAUAUGACGAGACAUCAACAGAUCACUUUGAUGACAGUUAUUACUACUGUGAUAGAGCUAAUGAAGCACCAAUCUACUGUAGAUUUCAACGGGUUACGAUUUUUACUCGGUACCAAACUAUACCAAUCGCACAAGAAAUCUCAAAAAUCCGUAUUGAUGAGAGAUGUUUCAUGGGCUUUACAUUCAGAUAAUAAAGAACUCUUAAUGUCCAUUUUGGGUGCACAAAUACUAUCGUGGCAGCAAGCUAGGCAAUAUAAAAUUGCAUAUUGGGCAAAACAAGAUGAUUUGUUAGCCAGCUUCGAAAAAAUUGCUAAGUAUGAGUUUUCUAAAGAUGAUACUCGAGACCCUAAUAGGUGUGCUGUAUUUUACCUAGCUUUGAAGAAAAAGCAGGUACUAUCAAGCUUAUGGAGAGUAUGUCCGGGCCAUCCUGAACAACAAAAGAUGAUGAAAUUUCUUGGUAAUGACUUCAAACAAUCAAGGUGGCGCACAGCGGCCCUUAAAAAUGCUUUUGUGCUAUCUAGCAAACAUAGAUACAUAGAGGCUGCGAGUUUCUUCUUAUUGGCGGAUUCUCUUAAAGAUUCUGUGAAUGUUAUUUGCCGUCAACUUAAGGAUAUUGAUCUCGCCAUAGCAGUAUGCCGGGUAUAUGAAGGCGAUAAUGGUCCUAUACUAGCGGAGUUUUUAACGAAGGAAGUCCUCCCGACUGCAAUUGUAGACAAUGAUAGAUGGACAACUAGCUAUAUUUACUGGAAAUUAAGAAAGCAAGAACUGGCAAUAAAAGCCUUAAUCACUGCACCCUACGAUCUAGAAGAUAAUAAGCAGUUAGUGGAAGAAAACAAAGUUGUGAACAAAUCCUUCUUGGUUGAGGAUCCCGCACUAUUGUUUUUAUACAAUCAUUUGAGGAAUAGAAAUUUGAGAUAUUUUUUAGCUUCUCUUGAUCUGAGUAAUGAAUAUGAAAGAUACCUAAUCCUAAGAGCCACCGAAAUUUUAUGUCGCAUGGGUUGCGAUUACUUGGCUAUCUCGUUAGUGAAAAAUUGGAACUUUAUAGACAAACCUAAAGUUGCAACUAAACUACCCUUCAGCCCAAUCAAAGACCAGACCUAUUCAGGUAUCAAUGCUAUGACAGAAGAGCCUACUUCGACAAAUAAGGUCCGGAAGAGUCUCUUUGAUAUGUUUGACAAAUCCGGUGAGGACAACACAUCUUCAAGUAGCGCAAAUAAUGUUACUAAAAGUGUACUGGACGAUUUUAACUCCAAUAACAACUUGCGUACCUCUAGUAUCCUCGACCAAUUUAAACCUUCAGGUGGUUUGAAUACGAAUACAGAUAGUUUGUGUACUCAAAAAAUUGAGAAAAAUCCUGAUCAACAACCAAAAAAUCUACUCGAUGCAUUCACGUACAAUAAUGUGCCUGAGGGAAAAGAGAAUGACAAUAAACUUACUGAAAAAUCGGUCCCCAACAAGCCUAGAAGUCUUUUAGAUGAUUUUGAAACAAUCCCAAGUACAAGUGUUACAAAUUCUAGCCAGAAUUCUGUUGAAAAUAAAACUGUAACUGAGGAAAACGUUGCUUUAAGAAGCGAGCCGCCUAAAGUAAAGAAUUUACUUGAUGACUUUAUGUAA